GUGAAUCGAGCCUGGCACAGGUCACCACCUGGCAUCAUCACCAUGAGGGGCACGGAGGAGAAGCAGAGGAUGAUCGUGGAGGAGCUGUUGGACAACGAGGAUCAUGCCCAGGUGGAGAACCUAAAAAAGACCCUGACAGCACAACGCCAGAGGAGGAAGAAACCGCUGGUAGACAGUGCCGGAGAUGCAGCGAGUGGCGUGGAAGAUAUCGGGAGCGUUACACAAGGACAGCGCAGUUUGCCUCCGCUAAAUGCUUCGAUGGCAAAGUCCAUUUCCACUGAGUCUUCCAUGAGGGAGCGACUGAGGGAAAAAUUGAAAGCUGGAAGGUCCAAAGCUCAAAGCAUCCUCCAACAAGAGUCCCCGAGUGUCUCACCACGAAGCUUCCCCAGAUCCAAAGCAGCAGAUACUGGUACAAAAUCUGAUGACGAGCAGGAGGUCAGCUCUCUUCAGAAGGUGAAGGAUGUUGAAGCACAGCUGAUAUCCAGAGUAAGGUUCCGGGAUGCUGUCAGGACAGUUCAGGGAAAAUCUCAUGUCCCUGAUGGAGUUCCCACAUCUGAUGAGUCGUACAAUUUCUUCACGUUUAAUUUUGAUCCCGAUCCAGAAACAGAUGAAGGAAAGGACCAGAAGAAGAAGGCAGAGGCUGCAAAGGAGGAGGAUGUGGGAGAGUCUAGUUCUAGAGUGGAAGAGGAGGAGACAGAGGAAGGGGAGGAAGGAAGGGAUGAUCUGUUCCUGAUAGAGCAGACAGCGCGUGACUUCAUAGAGCUUACUGCAGCCGAAUACGAAGGAUAUCACAACCGACUACAGAAAGAAAAAGACCUCCUUUUCAUACCCAGCCUGCGACAAGUGCCACCUUCUCAGAAGCUACCUGAUAAUAUGCAGCCUCGGUACUUAGAAGAUGAGGGUCUUUAUGUCGGUGUAAGGCCAGAAGUCUCCCGGACCAAUAAGAACAUUCUGGAGAACAGGAUACUUCAGCAGGAUGCGGGAAAGAAAUGGUUUGGGGAUGAUGGAAACAUUUUAGCCUUGCCUAAUCCUAUAAAAACAUCAACAACAAGACCGCCUAUAUUUACUCUGCAUGAAGGCUUAGACCCAGCACUGGAGACCCUAUACUUAAAGGCAAUUCCGUCUAAGAAAUCCAGCCAAUACAUGGUGGGAUCGGGGGGACUACUCGGAGAGUUUCAGCUGGACAUAGAUAUUUCUGGGAUCGUGUUUACCCAUCAUCCCCUCUUCAGCCGAGAGCAUGUCCUAGCCAACAAGCUGAGCCAGCUAUAUGAUCAGUAUCUGGGAAGGAAGCAGAGGAACCUGGCCAAGCUCCUGACGGACAAAUUGCAUGCAUUGAGGAAUGCCAUACAGGAUAUUUCUGCAGGAGGCACGUAUGGCCCCAGCACCAUAACUGAACACAGUAUCCAUGAUUAUAAGCCGGAUAUCAGACAAACAAGAAAGUACCGAGAUGCAGAGCAAGAAAAAGACCGAACACUCCUGAAGUCCCUCAUAAAAGUUUGGAAAGAGAUAAAAUCCCUGCGCGAAUUUCAGAAGUUCAACAACACCCCAGUGAAGCUCUAUUUGCGAAAGGAAGAAGUUAAUAGAAAAGCCGACGAAGAAUCUUAUGAAGCUGAAAUUCAAGCUGAAAUCAGCGAACUAAUGGAAGAAUAUAUGGAGGAGUAUGAAAAGAACCUAACGCAAUACAGAAUUGACCUAAAGCACUGGAAGUCAUGGAAGAGGGCCCAGAAACGGAAGGGAAAGAAAAAGGAAGGUAUGGAACAGGAUGAUGAAGCUGAGGUGGACUACAUGGUAGAAGAGCCGACCAAACCUUCCCUGCCGAUACAAGUAGAUAGACAUGAUAUAGAAGUGCAAGUUCGAGACAAAGCAGCCAACAUCAGGAGAAGACCUGGAGAGCCUAACCUUAACCCUGAACUAAGCCUGUCUGGAAAUGUCACCCCUGACAACAUGUGUCCAAGGGGAGAAAUUGUGAGACGUGAAGAUGUACUGAAGCAUUCUUUGUUCCUAAAGAUUCUUUUCAAUAAUAAAGAAGUUUCCAGAACUGUGACAGUCCGUCUGGGGCAUGACUUCCGAGUCCACAUGGGGCAAAUAUUUAACCUGCAGAUCUUUAAUUGGCCUGAGAGCAUAAAAUUACAGAUACAUGAAACAGCUGGAUAUUUGGGGACUACACUGCUGGCUGAGGCAUUCCUACCCAUCCCUGAGACCACCGUGCUGACUGGAAAUGCUCCUGUGGAGGAAGUGGAGUUCAGCAGUAAUCAGAGAGUCAUGUAUGAUCAUGAAGGUGUUGGCAGCGAUGUUCCGUUUUCUUUUGAAGCUGAUGGGACCAAUAAGAUGGUUCUGAUGACAUCUGGGAAAGUGUCAUACUGUGUGUCCUGGGCAAUUGGGGAAAAUGGAGUGCCACUCGUUCCUUCUAUGUCACAGCAAAAGAACGCUCUUCAGCGAGCUUUACAUAACAUAGAUGCCUUGUCUUCUAUCGGAGCUUCCGGACUGACUGAUAUGAAGAAAUUAGCCAAGUGGGCGGCAGAAUCAAAGCUUGAUCCUAACGAUCCCAACAAUUCAGCUCUCAUGCAGCUCAUACCGAUGGCGAGUGGGGGGGACGCCCAUGUGCCUGAGUUCUUCCGCCUGGAGCAACUGCAGAAGGAGUUUGAUUUUGUGUCCGAUGAAGAGAUGAGCAGAUCAAAACGGUUCAGACUUCUGCAGCUCCGUAACCAGGAAGUGGUAGAUUUCCGUAACUACAAAUUGGUGCCUAUAAAGGAGCGUGAGAUCCCGGACAAGAUCUUUGUGGAUUAUGAGAAGAAGUUACGAGAUCAGGGUAUAAAUACUGCAGAAACCCAUCUAGAUUCACAUAGGAUUCGGGUUGCUAAGUAUCUUCAUAAGAUCCGGGAAUCUGUGAUAAACCGCUUCCUGAUAGCGAAACAUAAUUUUAUUCUUUCCGACUUGGUUGUUGAAGAGGAAAUCCCCAGUCUUGGAAUUCUAGGAAUGGACCUCUUCAAGCUAGCUGAGCCGAAACGUCCCCUGAAGCCAAGGAGAAAAGAGAGGAAGAAGGUGACUGCUCAGAAUCUGUCUGAUGGGGAUAUCAAGGUCCUAGUGAAUGUCAUCCGUGCUUAUGACGUUCCAGUUAGGAAACCGACAUCUAGCAAACAAGCACAGCCAUCCAGAUCUUCAAGAUCAUUUAAUGAGAUGUUUACAACCACAGCUUCCCCUCAAGGGCAAGCCCCGUCUCCAGAGUGGUCAGUUAAUCAGGUCCUGGUCCGGCCAUUUGUAGAAGUUUCAUUUCAGCGUACUGUAUGUCAGACCUCAACAGCCGAUGGACCAAAUCCCAACUGGAAUGAAGAACUUGAGCUGCCAUUUAGGGCUCCUAAUGGUGAUUAUAGCACAACCAGUUUACAGUCCGUGAAAGACGAUAUUUUCAUCAAUGUGUUUGAUGAAGUCUGCUUUGAUAUUUUAGAGGAUGAUCGGGAGAGAGGAAGUGGCAUUCAUACUCGAGUCGAGAGGCACUGGCUUGGAUCUAUCAGAAUUCCAUUUACUACAAUUUAUUUCCAGUCCAGAAUUGAUGGAACAUUCCGGAUUGACACGCCCCCGGUGCUUCUAGGAUACAGCAAACAGCGCAACUUGGGAAACGAUGGAGGCUAUGAAUCGGUCCGAAGCCUGAGCCAAGGCUCCUUCCUAACCCUGUUUAUUACCAUUGAGCCUCAGCUUGUGCCUGGAGAGCCCAUCAGGGAAAAGUUUGACAGCAGAGAAGAUGAGAAGUUACUGCAGGCUGCGGAGAAGUUCCAGAGCGAAGCCGCUGUAAAAUUCCCCAACCGGCAGUGCCUGACCACCGUCACAGACAUUAACGGAAGUACAGUUUUCAUCACUCGAUACAUCAAGGCCUUACAACCUCCGCAGCAGCUUCUGGAAGCCAACACCAAUAAUGUACAAGCAACGUCAGAACUGGUGGCUCGUUAUGUCUCCCUUAUACCCUUCCUGCCGGACAAUGUGUCAUUCGCAGGGGUUUGUAAUUUAUGGAGCACGUCAGAUCAAUUCCUUGACCUCUUAGCUGGCGAUGAAGAAGAACAUGCAGUUCUGCUGUGCAAUUAUUUCCUGGCCAUGGGGAAGAAGGCGUGGCUUAUCAUUGGAAAUGCCAUACCAGAGGGUCCCACUGUGUAUGUACUAACACUGGAGCAGAACCAGUACAUCAUAUGGAAUCCAAGCAAUGGCUGCUUCUAUGGUCAGUAUGACACCUUCUGUCCACUGCAGAGUGUCGGCUGUCUCAUCAAUGCAGACAAUAUCUGGUUUAAUAUACAUCAGUAUGAUUCUCCAAUGAGCAUAAGUUUUGAUACAGGGCGGCCCAACCAAUGGAAAGCCUUUUUCUCCCGAAGCUAUCCAAAUCCAGGACUGACCAGUGUGCAGCCCGAAGAACUAAUAUAUCAGUGCACAGAGAAGACUGCUGCAUCGGAACUUCAAGACAGGAUUGAGAAACUGCUGAAAGAGAAGAUUAUGGAAUGGAGGCCGAGACAUCCUACCCGCUGGAAUCGAUACUGCACAUCUACCCUGAGACACUUCCUGCCAUUACUGGAGCAGAACUACGGCAAAGAUGUAGAGGAGGACCACCGGGCAGAACUGCAGAGACAGCUGGGAGAUUACAGGUUUACUGGCUUCCCGAUCAACAUGGCCUUCUCAGAAGUGACCCCUCUCAUAGAGGCCGUCUACAGCACCGGAGUCCACAACAACGUAGUGCCCAAUGUGGAGUUCGCUCUGGCUGUGUAUGUUCACCCCUAUCCCAAGAACAUCUUCUCCGUGUGGAUAUAUGUCGCCUCGCUCAUACGAAACAGAUGAUCGGCUAUUGGAAUGUUAGAACUAUGUAAACA